CAAUGGGACACAUUCAAACACAUAAAUCGGUCUUUUGAACAGUUUCUCUGUGUGUCGCGCAUUCAUMGAUGUUCGCUUGGAAACCGAUGGCAAURUACUCCWAACUGCUCAUUAGAASSAAGAACAUCAGAGGSCACCCUCAAUGAUCURACUUGAGAUAUGAAGAAAAACGUUUUCACGUCAGAGAGAAAAGACCUUUUCAUUUGAAUACUGGCUUCAGCGAUCGAUCCAUAAUAAACAUUUCAUUCUAACUCAUUAUARAUUGGAGCCAUUUCUCUGCAGAGAAACAUACUUCAACUCAAAAACGAUGGUAAAUCAGAAUGGAUGUUCCGUUUUCAAGGCGUUUUUUCUACUGUUAACAUUUAGUAUUGCUACAACAACAGCGAGCUUAAGUCAACUGGCGAACAUGAUAGAUUGCUCGACAAAGAACAGUUGGGUACAGUAUAUAGGAUACGGAUGUUACUGUGGGCCAGGGGGACAAGGACCUGCAUUGGACCCUGUAGACAGUUGUUGUAAGGCACACGAUCACUGCUAUGAUCGAAUCAUGUAUGGUAACGACUGCAAGAAUCCCCUCGAGGUCUACAUGGACAAAUAUAAAGUUACUGGAUGCACAAAAUGUGACCCAAAUCAGAGUACAUGUCACUUAGAGAUAUGUAAAUGCGAUGCCGCCAUUGCUCAAUGUUUGAAAGGAAAACCAUUGAAUCCACGUACAAAUUCAAAAAAAUAUAAGUGCGAGAAGAAAUCUAGCCCUCAUAAAAGGAAUUAUUAUAAAAGAGACUAUAUGAACAUAGAUUACAAUAAUGUAGAUUACGAUAGUCUGUAUAAACUAUGGUAGAUAGACCAAUAGAAGUCGUUUUAGACCUUCCCUGCUCCAUAGGACACCGUGCUACACCUAAUUGAGGAAACGUUGUCACGGGUCCAAAAAAAUCAAAUCAUAGAAGCUAAGACCGAAAGGGUACUUGGGAAGACAAACAACUUGGCUAAUUUCAUAACA